UCGGGCUGGCUCUGUGCAGCCCGGGCGCGUUGGGACGGGAGGCGGCGGCGGCUGCUUUGGGUCCGUGCGGUGAGGGGCGCCGGGGAGACGCGGUCUCGGGGCCGGAGCCCCCUGGGCGAAGCCGCUGAGCGGGCUGGCGAGGAGCAGGUGCCCCCGAACCAUUUCUCUCUCCCGGCUUCCUCCUUUGCCCCUCAGGAGCCGCUCCCCUCCGCGCUGGGUGCGGCGCUGAGAACCUUAGAGAAAAAUCCUCUGAUUAUGGCACCAUCUGGAAGAAAGCAUGCAGGGAAAGCUGGUAAACCAAUACAGGAAGAUCAAGCCUUAUGUGCCUAUGACUUUCAGGAAGAGGAAAAGAAAAACUUGAGUGGAUCAGAGGAAGAUAUUAGGGAAGGUGACACUCCAGUAAUUGAUAAACAUGGAAAAAAAAGACCUUCAGUGACUCCUCAUGCUGUAGUUGAAGAAGAUGUGGGGGGUGAAGUACAGACUAUGUUGGAACGAUUUGGAGCUGACAUUAACAAGGCUCUCUUGGCUAAGAGGAAAAGAUUAGAAAUGUAUACUAAGGCUUCUCUUAAAACCAGUAACCAGAAAAUUGAACAUGUUUGGAAAACACAGCAAGAACAGAGGCAGAAGCUCAACCAGGAGUAUUCCCAGCAGUUCUUGACUUUAUUUCAACAAUGGGAUAUGGACAUGCAGAAAGCAGAGGAACAGGAAGAAAAACUAGCGAAUAUGUUUCGCCAGCAACAGAAGGUUUUUCAACAAGCAAGAAUAGUUCAGAGUCAGAGACUGAAAACAAUUAAACAGCUGUACGAGCAGUUCUUAAAGAGUAUGGAAGAACUAGAGAAAAAUCAUGAAAACCUUCUAGCAGGUGCACAAAAUGAACUUCGCAAAGAAAUGGCUAUGUUGCAAAAGAAAAUCAUGAUGGACACUGUAAGUAUUAGCAUUGAUUUAUGGGGAAAAACAGUUAAAAAUGUAAAGACAGAACAUUAAGUAGAAAAACCAUUUAACAUUCACUUUUAAUUCUUUCAAUAUAUCAGACUGAUGUGGUAUUUUUUUCCUAAAUGUUGCAUUUGUUCAGUGUUAUCUCCUUUCUUGUAACAGCAACAGCAAGAGAUGGCAACUGUUCGCAAAUCUCUUCAGUCCAUGUUAUUCUGAUGGCUCAGUGAAGAAACAACUUGCACCUAAGUAACAUGAUACAAUUAUAGCCAUUAGCCAUGGAAAAAUAAGUCUGUUCCUUUAAAAUUCCAAUUUAAGAGUUCCUAUUAAUCAAACUGUUACAUGUAUUAUUUCAAUAAUGUUACUAGUGAAAUUGAUAGUCAUAUUUUUUCAUGUUCUUAAUGGAAGAGAUUGCAAACUGGAUUCUUUCCUCAGAGACUAUUAAUAUGUCUUUAAAAUGUCUGACCGAAUCCUCCUUAACCUCUUUGCAGUGAGAGUUGCUUUUCUAACUCUAAGGCAGUGUUAUAAAAUGCAAGACUAUAGCAGUAUGGAGGUUAAUAGAAGUUUACCUCUUGAAACAGGUGAAUAUGAAUCUGUGUACCAUAGGCAGCAGUAAUGCAAAAUGGAUCACAAAAUUCCACCAAUAAUGAACAUCACAGGAUUAAAAGGACACAUUAAAAACUUGAUGCUGUUAUGCAAAAAUGUACCUUUGCAACUUUAUAAUUGUGAACUAAAGAAACCACCAAAAUAAUCCUACGUUGUGUGUGUGCAUCUUGCAUAUUUAGCAGGAUAACAUUCUGGAAAGUUUAGGAAUUAAAAGUAUGGUACAUAUGAAUUACAUUUCUUUGGUACUUUAGGUUAUUAGACUACAUCUUGUUGUUUACUCUUUUUCUGUUCUAGGCACUGUAAUGGUUGAGGGUUUUUUUUGAAGUAUCAUUAGUAGCCUUAUUAUAAGCUGUACAUUGUACUUUACUGCACUAACAAGGACAUAUGCUUGCCAAGACUUGUUAGUCAUGUUAAACCAGAUAUUUUGGCUUUACAGCAUAGCGUGCCUAAUUGGUUUAAAUGAGCCACAUUAAACAACAAUUUACAACACAGUCUGCAGUGAUUAUUGAUAACACUAUACAUCUAUAUACUAUCAGUUCCUGUGGACCAUUUUGGAAGAGAUACUAAAGCAGAUGCCCAUCUCCAGAGCUGUAGUUGGAAGGGUAGUUCUUGCUGCUUUUUGAAAGAAUUAGCAGUUUAGUGAAGAUUAAGUUUUUAAAGUAAAUUCUUUAUAUUUUGUAUAUCACAGUACAGUGAAUUCUGAUUUACUUUACAGCCAGGUUGGAGUUUUCAUGCAUUUGUUUUACAGAAAACCACUGUAUACACAUUCAUUUCUUACAACUUAGGAAAGCCCUGAAAUAUUUUCAACAUUUGGAUUUAAUACAAAAAAAAAAAAAAAAAAAAUUUGGUCAUUAGCUGCUUGACAUCACUAACAAAUAUAACUUGGAGGAACUUACACUCAAUUGUAAUGAGUUUUAGCUUUUAUUCUAUAAAAGAAUGUAUAGUAAAAUGUCCAUAAGAAGAGGAGAGAUUUUUUCCCAGUCUUUUCUAGAAUUGCCCUAAAAAUGUAGUUUUCCAAAGGGUUCCAAAACCAGACUGUAGAGAUUCUGUAUAAAAUAUUUGUCCAUUACUUAAUAUUUACAUUUUGGAAUUGGGUUCCCCCAGUUUUCUGACUGCUUCCCAGAUUCUGGCGCCUGUGUCAUUUUUUAGGGAGUUAUUGUUGAACUAUUUUCUGGAUAGGGAAGUCUGGGCCAGCUGUUCAUGGUGCCAGGGCAGUUUUUCUGUCCCUGUUUAAAACUGGGAUAGAAGAGGGGAACAGUGUUCUAGAGGGGGAAUUUGUGAUGGCCUACUUCUCUGAGAUUGAAAUGUUGCGUUAGUAACCACCAUGCAGCCACACUCUUCCACAACAGUUAUUAGGACUCAGAGCAGAUAAACACUCAUUCAGUGCUAAUUAGCACAUGUUGGGAAGACAUGUUAAAGUGUGUGAAUCUUUGGUGGCUACCAAGUCAUGGAACUCCACUUAUAUUAUCUCUAAGUUGUCAUUUAAGUGUAAUCAGAUAACGGUGUAAGAUCUUUUCUGGUGUGAUAUAGUCAAACAAAUGUUUUUCAGUCCAAUAGAAAGUAUUACCUACAACAUUAAUACCCACAGGCACAACUAUACCCUACAUUGCAACUUGUUUUGAGAGCACAACACAAGCUUCUUAGGCCUACUGGUUACUGAAAAUAAGGCUGAGCUUGUUGUGGACGAGAAACUGCUGAGUCACUGAAAAUUCUUUCAUUAAGCAGUUCUCGUUUACAGUAUUUUUGAGCAACUGAUGCAUCUCACUGAGAACUGUUAAAGUUGUCAUUACUACUUUUCACUCUGUAUCUUAUGAACAACAUACAUGCAAAUGAAUGUUAAAAGUUCAUUUGUGCAUGAUGCUUUUCUCCCAGUUUAUUGAACAGGGUGACGAGGAUGAACUCUUAAGCCUUAUCUAGAUGGUCGGGGGAGUCAUGUGAUUCACAUAAGUGCAGCACCACUGAUGGCAAGUGGUGGAUUACAGGUCCAAUUUUACAGCAGUAAUGUAAUAUCGCAGUGAUCAAUGAUCCUAUUUUCCAGUAGGAUUCUCUAAUAAUAAACAAGAGGUAGAGAACCUCAUGCCCAGAAAGUAUAACCUUUAUGCAGAAUGUUUGGUAAACAAUGUUUUUCAAGUUUAUUAGAAGCAGUAAGAAACACCAUCACAGGUGCAUGAAGGUGAGAGCUUUCACCCACUUGAAAUCUAACAGGUUGUAUCAUGAUAUUAUUGCAGUAAUAAUGUUGGUGGGUUUCUUCACAAACGUGAAAGCGUUUAGUAUAUGCCAAGCUUUGGGAAUGUUGUGAACUGCAUUCUUCAUUGCUUAAACUGCAAGCCAGAAAUUGAUAAGGGGUACUUUCACAUUGAAGGGCUUUUGUAACUAGUCUAUUGAAACAGCUUGGAGGAGUGAAAAGUUAGGGUUGACAUCUAUGUUAUGUUUGCUACCUAAAAAUUAGAUUUGGUGGAAAUGUCACUAGCCCUUAGCUAAAGUAAGUCAGAUCUCUUCUGCUGAUUCUCAUUUAUUUAAACACUGGGUUUUAGAUUACCCUUAUUUUUGGCCAGUAUUUUCAAAUAGACAAAUGUAUUAACCAACCAGUUCAUUUCACAGCCAGAGCUCUCUUAUCACAUGGGAUAUUGCUUUAUAAUAAUCUAUGAUGAAAUACAGUGAAGUGUCUGAUACACUGUUUUGUACUUAAUCUUUUGAGAUCUUUUUCUAGACAGAUUUUUAUACUUAAAUACCAGGCUUUCCUAUGAGUUAACAAGUUAUACUUAAUUCCUUAGAGUCUGUGCUUAAAAAGUCUCAUAUACAGCUUGUUAUUACCAUAACAAAGUAAAACUAUAGAGAACACAUUUUGAUGGCAGUUGGGUUGCACAGUUGUGUUCAAAGGAUCGUUGCUGAUCAGAUCUCUAAAUAUAUAGGCCAAAUAUUUAGUCCUGCAGAUUUGCACUUUCAGUUUUACUGGUGCAAAUAACUAGGGCAAAAAUUUAUGCCAUUUAGAUCCAUCUGAUGUUGCUUGUAAAUUAGAUACUUGAUGGUACUUCAGCAUUAAGUGUUACUUACAAAUUAUAAUGGGUGCAAAACUAGAAGCCCAGCCUUAGAAGGAAACUCAAGCAAUAUAUAUUUUCAGUAACUGCUGAAAUGGAGGCUUUACCCCUGAACCUGUACUCACAGAGAUAAUGAUAUUUGAAAUUGGUGGGCAGAGUUUGUUAUAAAAGAUGAAGCAGGAAGAGAAAAUCCAGUAGUUUU